AUGGAUGAGAUUAAAGUUGCCGAAACGACCGUUAAAAGUUGUUCGUUGAAAUCCAGGAGUUUUCUGAUCGAUUCUCUUUUGGCUUCGCAAACUAGUGAGAAACGAUCGGAGUUUCCAGAAGCGAAUAAUUGUGAAAAACAAUUAUUGAGUAUUGGUAAUCUGGGUUAUAAUAGGUCGAAUCAAUUGUCGGCAAACGAGGGUAGUUCUGAGUUUUCGGAAAGUGUUAGUACAAGUGAUGAACUGUUUUCUUCUCGGUACUCGCCAGAUAUAGCGAAUAAUGAAAUGCUGAAAGAAAGUGUUGAGGAAAGUGCUGAGCAUAGUUGUGGAGAUUAUUUACAAGAUUUAAGUUUUUCCGACUGCAAAUCCGAAGAAGACAGAAAAAAGCGACCCAGAACAGCUUUUACAGCAUCACAAAUCAAAUCGUUAGAGGCGGAAUUUGAAAAAAACAAAUACCUAUCAGUGGCUAAAAGAUGUCAGUUGUCCAAAACCCUCAAGUUGACUGAAACACAAAUUAAAAUCUGGUUUCAAAACAGAAGAACAAAAUGGAAAAGAAAAUACACCAACGACAUAGAAUUUUUAGCCCAACAAUACUACAGUUCUUUAGGAAUACUAACACCCAGGCCAAUAUUUGUAGGUGACCGUUUAUGGUUCUUCAACUAUCCAUCCCAAUCUAAUAGAAUGCCAGGACCUCCACAAAUGCAUCAACUACCACAUCCCCAAAUCGAGUCUCCGUCUCCCUUAAGAAUCGCACCACAAAGGCCUUGUAUGCAAGACUUUAUGAAAUAUCAUAAUCCUGGUCCAGAACUGAGCCCGCAAGAAUGUUCUGCAAUGGUGAAGUUACAAAAUUUCGAACAACAUUUUGGAAAUUCUUAG